CAAAAGUGAGUGGUAGCAGACGCCAGCCGCAGAGGAGAGGUGUGAAGAAAAAGUAAUUUUUGUGGAAGAAAUGGUGUCCCUGGGGCAGAAAAAGGACGGUAGUCCUAAUGUGGAGUUCUUCCAGUCGCCAGAGACACUACAGGGAUUUGAGACGGUUCGUGCGUGGCUGCAGAAAAACUGUAAGAAGUUCUUUUCAUCGGCAUCAGAUUCACCGACGAAAGAAUUUCUGUCGCAAUUGCUUAUCCAGUUUAUUCAGUAUCAGGAGACAAAACUGGGAAAAAAUGCUGUGGAUCCACCAACCACAAGGAUACCGAUGCGGUGCCUCCUGGACUUCAAGCCGGGUGGAGCGCUGUGUAACAUUUUCAUGGCAAUGUACCGGUUCAAAAGUGAGAAGGGUUGGAAGAAGUUUGACUUCAGUAUGGCGAAGAACACAGCCCGGAAGGAUGUCAACAUGCCAAUGCUGCUGGAGAUCGAGACUGCCCUGAUUGAGGGCGAAUGUCUCCGACUUCCGGUGGUGUUUAUUCGCCCAGAGGUGGACAAAGCGUUGGCAAGCAAAGUGGAGGCGAUCAUCAAGAAGCACCAGGGUGAGAUGGCAGAUGAUGAAGAGGAUGCCACACAUAUAAUCUAUCCAGUUGUGGAUCCCCUCCCUGAAGAAUACGCUCGGCCCUCAUUCAAGCGCGAGAAGAAUGUCAUGAUGCACUGGUAUUACUUCCCUGAGUCGUACGACUCUUGGCUGGCUAACAAUUUUGACUUGCCGGACUUGGUGCCGGACAAUCUGCCCUCGCCGGGCGACCGUUGGAGAGUGUGCGCUUUGUGGGCUCUGCACCUGGAUCAGUAUAACGAGUGGAUGGCCGAGGAGGAUUACGAGGUGGACGAGCAGGGCAGGAAGAAGGCGCAUCGCUUGCGUCUCACAGUUGAUGAUCUGAUGUCACCGACUGGGGAUGAGAAGGGAAGGGCUCGCACCAAGAACCCAAAGAGAAAACGCUCUCCAACCCCUCCGCCAAUUCUCAAAGGCGGCAAGAGGAAAAGUGGUCGCUCACCGGCGGUGUUCCAGAAGAAGACGCGCAGUGGUGACGGUGAUGACGACGAGGAUCUGACACGCGACAUGGAUGACCCACAGCCAGAGCCCAAUAUUCAGGAGGUGACGAAGGUGCAGCCAAACACUUCUUCCACCGCCAGUCCGGCGACGCCGUCCAACAAGCAGCGUGACUCGGAGAUGAUGCCAAUCAAGGGCGGCACGGUGACGGAUCUGGAUGAGGAUAUGGAGCGUGGUGAGGACUCACAGGCGGGCAAGACCAGUGACAACAGCAACACACAAGAGUUUCAGCCGAAGGAUGAUCUCGAGGACAAUGUGACAGAGCAAACCCAUCACAUCAUUGUCCCAUCUUAUUCCGCCUGGUUCGACUACAAUUCCAUUCAUGUGGUGGAGAAGAGGGCCAUGUCGGAGUUCUUCAAUGCGAAGAAUAAGUCCAAGACACCAGAAAUCUACAUGGCAUACCGAAACUUCAUGAUCGACACAUAUCGACUGAACCCCACUGAGUAUCUCACCAGCACAGCGUGCAGACGCAAUUUGGCUGGAGACGUGUGUGCGAUCAUGCGUGUCCACGCAUUCCUGGAGCAGUGGGGCUUGAUCAACUAUCAGAUUGAUACAGAUUGUCGACCCACACCCAUGGGCCCACCGCCCACAUCUCACUUCCACGUGCUGAGUGACACGCCGUCUGGACUGCAGCCGGUGAAUGCCCAGAAGACGCCUCAGCCAUCCGCAUCAAAGAUGCUCUUCGAUCUGGACAAGAAGCAGAAGGAGAAGGAGUGCGAGGUGGCAGGUGCUCUUGGUGGGGCAACUAUCAAGACGGAGUCUGGGGCUCCACCUGCCAUUCCUGGUGGAAUUGAGCCGGGCGCCCAAUUUGGGCUGAAACUCGAUCAGUAUGGCAAGAAGCCGUCUGCGAUGAGGAACAAGACGGCCGCCAGUAUGACGAGGGAGUGGACAGAACAGGAGACUUUGCUCCUCCUCGAGGGCUUGGAGAUGUACAAGGAUGACUGGAACAAGGUGUGCGAGCAUGUGGGCUCCAGGACACAGGAUGAGUGCAUUCUGCACUUCUUGCGAUUGCCCAUUGAGGAUCCAUAUCUGGAGGAUGACAACUGCAUCGGACCACUGGCCUACCAGCCCAUUCCCUUCAGCAAGUCCGGUAAUCCCAUAAUGUCAACAGUCGCCUUCCUGGCAUCAGUGGUGGAUCCGAGAGUGGCUGCGGCGGCAGCUAAAGCGGCCAUGGAGGAAUUCGCAGCAAUCAAAGACGAGGUACCUUCAUCGAUCAUGGAUGCACACUUUAAAAACGUGGAAAAGUCUGGAUAUGGUGGGAAAUUUGAUCCGUACGCCGGCCUGGCGAACAGUGGAAUUGCAGGCACAGCCCCAGAGAAGGAAGAGGAUGAGAAGCAACCGGGCACUGAUGAGGAUGUGAAAGAUGUGUCUAAGAAAGAUGACAAAACAGAGACAAGUGCGGAGGCAUGUAAAACGAGUGAUCCGUCUGCAGCGGACGAUAAGAGUAGUGUGAAAGCGGAGGCUCAACUGCCGCCGUCAGAUAGUAUUAAUGAAAGUAAAAGUAGUGAAAAAUCUUCAGAAACCAGCACUCCGGCGUCACCGCCUAAUCAGGCGGGUGGCCCAGCGGCGGCCGCGGGAGCCACUGCGGUGGCCAGUGUGAAUGGCUCGGCGGCCAAGGAGAACGGGACGGAGAAGCACAAGUUGUUCAAUGAGGCCAAUGUGCAGUCAGCGGCGGCCGCUGCUCUGGCGUCCGCCGCCGUGAAGGCCAAGCACUUGGCCGCCGUGGAGGAGAGGAAGAUCAAGAGUCUGGUGGCUCUGCUGGUGGAGACGCAGAUGAAGAAGUUGGAGAUCAAGUUGCGCCACUUUGAAGAGCUGGAGACAACAAUGGAGCGCGAGAGAGAAGGCUUGGAGUAUCAGAGGCAGCAAUUGAUCACGGAGCGUCAGCAAUUCCAUCUGGAGCAGCUGAAAGCGGCAGAGUUCAGGGCGCGUCAGCAGGCACAUCAUAGGCUGCAGCAGGAGCAGGGUCUGCAGCAGCAACAGCAGUGGCAGCAGAAUCCCAAUGUGCCGCCACCGGGUGGAGUGCCUGGGCAGCAGCAUCAGGCCAUCGUGCCACCGAAUCAGCCGCCGGUGGGGCCUCCGGUGGUGAGCCAGCCGCCGCCACAGGGACCGCCACCAGCUGCCACGGUGCCGCAACAGCAGGCGCCGCCCGGGAUGCCUGGCAAUGGAGCGCCUCCAAUGGCUAGCAGGCCGUAAGUUGUCUCA